AUGUCAAACGUCAUCGAAGAAACGGUCUCAGAACAGAACAGUACAAGUUCGGGAACUGUCGACUCUGUGACCUCUUCGUUUGGUUGCUUAUGCCCAAUUGGCUCCCAGUUCAAGGCUCCUGGUUCAUUGUCAUCAGAAGAACUACACGACACUGUGCUCACAAAAUCACCCUACGAUUCUCCAGAGCAGCGUGCACUUGCCAAUGUGUGUAUCAACACAAUUCGAUUCUUGUGUGUUGAUGCUAUCAACAACGCCAAGAGUGGACAUCCAGGAAUAUGUAUGGGUAUGGGUGCUGCCGCCUUCGUUCUCUUCGACAAUCAUUUGAAGUUCAAUCCUUCAAAUCCGAAAUGGGUCAAUCGGGACCGGUUCGUACUUUCAGCUGGACAUGGGUCUAUGCUUUUGUACUCUCUUUUGUGUCUCUACGGGUACGACUCGGUCACUCUGGAAGAUAUCAAGAGCUUUCGGAAACUCAACUCUCGAACUCCAGGGCACCCAGAAUGCGCCAUAACUCCAGGAGUUGAAGUCUCUACUGGCCCUCUCGGCCAGGGAAUCUGCAAUGCUGUGGGAAUCGCUAUAUCAGAAGUGCACUUGGCUUCCGUGUACAAUAGGCCUGGUCAUGAACCAAUCAACAACUAUACGUACUGUAUUGCUGGAGACGGUUGCUUAAUGGAGGGUAUGUCUGCUGAGGCUUGUUCCUUGGCGGGGCACUUGAAGCUUGGCAAGCUCAUCGUGCUCUAUGAUGACAACCAUAUUUCCAUCGAUGGGGGAACUGAUCUUGCUUUUACAGAAGACGUUGCACUCCGUUUUCAGGCAUACGAAUGGCAAGUGUUACACGUUCAAGACGGGAACGAUAACGUCAUAGCGAUCGAUCAAGCCAUUGCCCUUGCCAAGAGGACGAUCGAUAGACCAACCUUGAUCAAAGUUACCACGACCAUUGGUUACGGAGCUCCUACAAAAAUAUCUGGUGUAGAUCACGAAAAGGCAUGGGACAAAAUGUUGGCUGAAUACCGCACAACCUUCCCUGGGCUUCAUGCGAGUUUCUCGGCAGAGGUGUUGCUCGGGAGGGUAGACAGCACAGUCGAGGACGCGAUACGGAACGAAGCUUUCCUCAAUCGAAGCCAGAGCCAAGCAACAAGAAAACAUUCUAAAAGCAUUCUCAAUGCUUUUGCUCCACAUCUUCCGAGUUUAAUGGGUGGGGCCGCAGACACGACCCCAUCCACGUUGACAAAUAUGGAAUGCUCUGGCGACUACUCUGAUAGCAACCGAACAGGACGAAACAUCCGUUUUGGAGUCCGAGAACACGCCAUGGGGGCUAUCUCGAAUGGAAUAUCACUCUCCGGAUAUAACAUGCGCUCCUUUUGUUCUACGUUUUUCGUCUUUUCCGAUUAUAUGCGAGCUGCGAUGCGGAUGGCUGCGUUAAGUGAAACCGGGACAAUUUUCAUCAUGACUCACGACUCCGUCGGCUUAGGGGAGGACGGGCCUUCUCAUCAGCCAGUCGAGCACUUAGCUUCAUUCCGAGCGAUGCCAAAUCACGAUUUGUGGCGACCUGCAGAUUCAAUCGAGACUGGAGCUGCUUAUUCAGUUGCCGUUGCCACAAAGAAGAGACCCAGCACUCUUGUUUUAUCACGUCAAACAGUUGGUGCAGUACCAACCACCAACUAUGACGGAGCAAAGAGAGGAGGAUACGUAGUGAAUCGACCCCCAGAAGAAGGUUCUGUCGACGGGAUCAUUGUGGCUACUGGUUCCGAAGUGUCUCUGUGUGUCGAAGCUGCCAAGCAGAUGUUCACUGAGAAAAAAGUGCGCGCUCAUGUCGUGUCGCUGCCAUGCUGGUCACAAUUCGAGAGACAAGAUAAGGAGGAGAGAAUUCUCUCUGUAGAAGCAGGAAGUUCAUUUGGGUGGUCCAAGUAUGCGAACCACCAUGUUGCUGUUGACGAAUUCGGAAGGUCUGGACCCGGAAAGGACGUUUUAGACGCUUUCGGAAUAUCUACGGAGCAUGUGAAAGCCAGGUUUUUGGAAAUCAUCGGCGCAUCACAGUUUGCGCGGCCCUUCAUUGGCUGGCCGAAGAACCCUUUUGUGUUUUACCCUUUCAAAGGAAGUGAGAUUUGUAAACUAGAUGCGAGCUUGACUAUGCAAAUAAACACAACGCGAUACAAUGCUCAUUUGAAACAUUUAGGAGACCAGCGGAUGGUCAUGAAUCGCAUCCAAGAUGAGAUAUCAUUUUUGUUCAGAGCCCCAGCUUUUCUUUUUCGACAUGACUUUUCCUAG